CUCAGUUUGUUCGGGUGUGUGUUUUUCUGCUCUUGUCGAGAUGUCUGGACGCGGAAAAGGAGGCAAGGGCUUGGGAAAAGGAGGCGCGAAGAGGCACCGCAAAGUCCUUCGCGAUAACAUCCAGGGCAUCACCAAGCCGGCCAUCCGCCGUCUGGCUCGCCGCGGAGGAGUGAAGCGUAUUUCGGGCUUGAUCUACGAAGAAACCCGCGGCGUCCUGAAGGUUUUCCUGGAGAACGUGAUUCGCGACGCCGUCACCUAUACUGAGCACGCCAAGAGGAAGACGGUCACUGCCAUGGAUGUGGUCUACGCCUUGAAGCGCCAGGGCCGCACUCUCUACGGCUUCGGCGGUUAAAACUUUCCAAAGCUUAAAACAAAACAAAAAAGGCCCUUUUAAGGGCCAAUCAAAUUUUCUUUAAAAGAAGCUUGGUCACGAUUUAAAUUUCAAAAGGAAAUCUUAAGUGCUAAGAAGGGUAAAUUAAAAUAAAUAAAAUUAAAAGAUAGACUCUG